UCAUCUAAUUUUCAUCGACAACCUCCACGGCUGCCUUGCCGGCAAACCCUCUCGUGCUACAACAAAGAACUCCACCCGCGCCCAGGCUCCUCCCUCAGCGCGUCAAACACUCCCUCAGCUCCGCCAACCCUCAGUGCUUGUUCCUGCCGGCUGUCUCGCUUGAUCCGUAUCUUUCCUGAGACACCCUCGUCAUACCGUCCACAGCAUUACCUUCUUCACUACAACUUCCCGGACCACCCAUAAUGAGCAUGGACGCAGGCGGUCUCGCUCAGAUGACAUAUAACAACUUCCAGCCGAACGGCGGCCUCGGCCUUCCCGGUGCUGGUUUUGCUUCUCGCGGCAAGGGCUCUCAGCUCAAGCGUCUCAGUGUCGCCUCCCCGCCCAAGAUCUCGUCCAUCAGCGAGCAUCAGGUCGAAAACCCUACUCCUCGCACUAGCAGAGGCCACCUGCUUGCCAACCUCCGCAAGGAGCCUCGCACCCCUUCGAGCAUUCCAGCUUCCGCUCCUUACAACCAGCAGCGAUUUGGAGGAUUGGACUCGUCGAGAUACUCUGGACAGGCCUACGGCGGAGCUAACCAGGGCGGCCCUCAGACUGCCGUUGGAUCUUCGUUCUCGUCAGCUGGCCGCAACCAAUACGGACAGAACCAGCAGAUCUUCUCUCCCACAGAGCAAGUGCUGGCUCCUCCUCCAGUCCAGUUCGACAACGAACAGAUGGAUCCCGAUGUUGUUGCCCAGCUCAUGGCUACGGAGAUGUAUCUUCAGCAACGCCAGCAGCAGCUCCAGCAACAGCUUCUGAGUCUGACUGCCCAGCAAUUCCAGGGCAUGAACAUUGGCUCCGCUGGAAUGCGCCAAUCUCAGCAGUAUCCUGCCACGCCCUACACCCCAGGCAACAACUUCUACAGCCAGCAGAUGAGCAUGAACACCCCCCAGUCUCUGGAAACGGGGCAGCCGGGUGUCUAUCUUGUGUUCAACCCCAUGACUAGCCAGUAUAACUACGUAGUCGACCCUGCUUACCAACAAGCACAGCAAAAUGGAGGCAAUAUGCAGCAGCAGCUGGCCAGCCUGCUUGCCAGUUCCCCGCCACCGCCAACUCCCAGCUACACCAACUCGCCGCCGAAGUCCAACACGCCAACCUUCCGUGCCGAGGUAUCUCCGCCCGCCGAGAUGAACUCGAACCCGUUCGAUCAUCGCAGCUCGUCUCCCCCGAAGAAGUCGCCCAGCCCACCUCAGGAUGUUGUGCCCCUGCCUCCCCCUUCCGCCAACGCGUUCCGCCGCGGCCACAAGAAGAUGGUGUCAUCUCUUGCCCUCAGCACAAACUCCAGCGACCUCCCGGGCGAUGGACCGAAGUCGGCAUUCACGCCCCGAACUGGUUUCCCCCAGACACCGAUGACCGGCACUUUCGGACCUGGCCAGGCACGUGCCGGUGAACAUCCAGUCCGUCAGCCCCGUGGCCCUCCACCUCUCGAGGAGCUCCAGGCUAGCCCAACCACAAAGCAUGAAGGCAGCAAGAAUUUUGCGACCCGUCAACGCCGUCGUGCUGUUCACAGUCUGGUUCGCGCUGGGAUUGAACGCCGUGGGGUUCGCACUGGCAGCGGUGGAAGCAUGACGCCUGUCAGCGAAUCCGAUAUGGGCUUCUCGCUGUCCUCCGACAACGAUUCCGACAGCGUGCACAGCGGUGGAAGUGGCAGCCUUUCGGGCAAACCCAGCAUUGGAAGCCUCCGCGCUGCUGCCAACGGCGCCAUCGGAUCUGAGCGCAAGGAGCUGAAAGAGCGUUCCCGCGACAGGACAAGCGUUGAUGGCCGCUACACUGCCAACAGCGUUAGCAGCGACGAGGGAUCCAUUGGCGGAGGACUGGUCGAGAUCUGCGUCGAGGACGUCAAGCCGGUCCCGGAAGAGCGUCGCAAGAUGCCCAUGCUCGUGCUGACGAGCGCCGAGAAGCGCAAGAGCUCCAUGUACUAGGGGAGGAUCGAAGCCUGGAUCGGGUAGAUCUCGAGUCCAGAGUCUCUUCUUUGUUCAUACUGUCGAUGUUUUAACUUAACGACCAAUCAUCAUGAUUUUCUUACUUGUUUAACUCUGUCUCGUGCGAACCCGUGCGGCAACAACGCGCGGUUUCCUCGACUCUUCUUCUUCGUUUCCUCGGCUC